UCACCCAAAACCCCCUAAAAACAAAACUCUGUGGACAGGUUUUUUCGCGGGACUCCUCUUUUCCCUGUUCUCUUCUGUUUUUCUCUUUUUUUUUUCUUUUUAAAUUCUCAAUACAAGAAAAAAAAUGAGAAACAGAGACAAGUCUAAAAUCCAAACCCAAUCUUCUGGAACACUUGCUAGGAAAUCACAGGAGGGAGUGAACAAAUUUCUAAGACGAUCCAGUAGACUCAGCUCUUCAGGGAAGAAGGAACAAGAUGGAUUUUCCCUGGAAAACGAUCUAAAAACAAAUGAUCAAGAAGUUGUACAUACAAUGGAUGUGUGCAAUGCUUCAACGGUUGAAGGUUGUCAUAGAGAUGCCAUAGAAAAUUCUCAAGCAAAGGAACAAGAAGUUGUACAUUCAAUGGAUGUGUGCAAUGCUUCAACGGUUGAAGAUUGUCAUAAAGAUGCCAUAGAAAAUUCUCAAGCAAAGGAACAAGAAGUUGUACAUUCAAUGGAUGCACACAAUGCUUCACCGGGUGAUGAUUGUCAUAAAGAUACUCUUCUCGAUGAUAGUGAAGAAAUGAAUGAUUCAGAUUGGGAAGAUGGUCCGAUUCUUAAAUCAGAUCCUGUAGGCCGUUCUCCAAAUGAACGGAUGAAGGGGUUAACUAUUGAAUUUGAUGAACCAUCAGGUUCAACUGGAGGACGGAAGCCUGUUCGUCGAGCAUCUGCUGAAGACAAGGAAUUGGCUGAACUUGUCCAUAAGGUUCACUUGCUUUGUUUACUUGCGAGGGGCAGAUUAAUAGACAAUGCCUGUGAUGAUUCUCUUAUUCAGGCUUCAUUACUUUCUCUUCUACCUACACACUUAUUGAAGAUAUCGGAAGUCUCGAAUAUCACUGCAAACGCUUUGACUCCUCUCGUUACUUGGUUCCAUGAUAACUUUCAUGUGAGAAACUUAGCUCGUGCGGAAAGAUCAUUUCGUACUGCUUUGGCUACAGCUCUUGAAACUCAUGAGGGAACUCCAGAAGAGAUUGCAGCUUUAUCGGUGGCAUUAUUUAGAGCUUUGAAGUUUACAGCACGGUUUGUGUCCAUUUUGGAUGUUACCUCCUUAAAACCCAAGGCUGAUACAUAUGAACCUUCAAACCAAGUGGCAGAAAGAGUGAGUGGAGGGAUAUUCAGUACUUCAACACUAAUGGUGGAUAACCUAAAAAGAGCUUCUAUUGCUCCAUCUCCAGUUCAAACAUCCCCAUGCAACGAGAAAGAUGAUCAUGGCAUAAGUUCACGCAAAAGUAAAGGUGGCUGCUCAACGAGCAACGAUGCUCAAUCCAGGGACUCUACUUCUGUUAAAGAAUCGACUGAUGGAAAAUCAACCUGUCAGGUGCAACCGGAUACAUCUCGACAAUGUGUUCCUAAAAAUUCUCAAGGGUUGAAGAGGAAAGGGGAUCUCGAGUUUGAGAUGCAGUUGGCAAUGGCUAUUUCUGCUACUAGUGUUGAGACUCAUGAAAACAUUCACGACUCAUCCGAUGGUAAUAACUCAUUAGAAGCAUCUAUUCCUAUGAAAAGAUGGAAAAGGAUCGAAAGAGUAGAAUCUGCUUCUUGUUUCCAAGGAUUUUCUACUGCACUUGGGUCAAGAAAAGUAGGAUCACCAUUGUUUUGGGCAGAAGUGUACUGUGAUGGGGAGAACUUGACCGGGAAAUGGGUGCAUGUUGAUGCUGUGAAUGCGAUUAUAGAUGGAGAACAGAAAGUAGAAGACGCAGCUGCUGCAUGCAAAACAUCGUUGAGAUAUGUAGUUGCUUUUGCAGGUCAUGGUGCUAAAGAUGUGACCCGCAGGUAUUGCAUGAAGUGGUACAAAAUAGCACCGAAACGAGUUAAUUCAACUUGGUGGGAUUCCAUAUUAGCACCUUUGAGGCAGUUAGAGUCAGGAGGAACGGGGGGUACGAUUAAAGUAUCUGAACAUCCAGGUGAAAAUAGUAGUUUGGACCAUGUUAUCUUACCCGAGAAGUCGGGUCAAGAAGCUUCCAAAGAGUAUGGUAGUAAGAUCGAAGUUGAAUCUUCUGUGAAGGACUCUUUUGUUGCCACCAGGAACUCUCUUGAAGAUAUGGAACUGGAAACUCGGGCAUUAACCGAGCCCCUUCCCACUAAUCAGCAGGCCUAUAAAAACCAUGCAUUGUAUGCACUUGAAAGGUGGCUUACAAAGUAUCAGAUUCUACAUCCAAAAGGUCCUAUUCUCGGUUUCUGCUCCGGUUAUCCGGUAUAUCCUCGCUCUUGUGUGCAAACUCUCAAGACACGAGAAAGAUGGUUGCGCGAAGGACUGCAGAUCAAAGGCACCGAGACUCCCGUAAAGGUAUUGGAACAAUCUACAAAACUAAAGAAAGCUCGAGUUUCCAAAGAUGUUUGUGAUGAAAUUGAUUCUAAAGAAACUAUUGAACUUUACGGGAAGUGGCAGCUCGAGCCACUUCUUCUCCCUCGUGCUGUUAAUGGAAUUGUGCCAAAGAACGAGCGUGGACAAGUUGAUGUAUGGUCCGAGAAGUGCCUUCCGCCAGGGACCGUUCACAUAAGGUUGCCAAGGGUAUUUGUUGUUGCCAAGAGGCUGGAAAUUGAUUAUGCACCGGCUAUGGUUGGUUUUGAGUUUAGAAAUGGUCGUGCUGUUCCCGUCUAUGAUGGAAUUGUGGUCUGUACAGAGUUCAAGGAUGCAAUAUUAGAGGCCUAUGCCGAAGAAGAAGAAAGAAGAGCGGCCGAAGAGAAGAAACGAACCGAAGCACAAGCUAUCUCAAGAUGGUAUCAACUUCUCUCAUCCGUCAUAACCAGACAAAAGUUGAACAGCUAUUACCGAGACAGUUCGUCAUCACAACCAUCCAGAAACAUCCAAGAUAAAAAUAUUGAGACCAAAACUCCAGUUCAAAGCAGCAACGACAAUAAGCAACCUACAGCCCAUCGGAAAGCAAAUAACCAAGAUACCACGCAUACCACUUCAUUGGUAGCACUAGAGGUAGGCCACGAACACGUCUUUUUAACCAAAAACGAAAGUUUCGACGCAGAGAACUCAAUUCGAACAAAGCGAUGCGAGUGUGGAUUUUCUAUCCAGGUGGAAGAAUUAUAGCAUGUUGGGUUUCACAUACAAGUCGACCAGGAAGCUCCCUAUUUUGACAACCUUAAAAAACCCGGUAUCACUUUCUUAUACCGGACCAAUUAUGUACUUCGAAUGUAGAAAUUAGAAAUUCCACAUUGAAAACUUUAAUUGUUUCCUUUAGCUAAGCUGUUGUAAAUAAAUCAUGCAAGGUUUUGGUAGAAUUAAAGUAUAGCAAAAGUAUCAUGAAAAUUCCUAUACGAAAA